UAUGAACCAAUUUCAAGUGCUGGUUCUAGGUGUCGCUGCAGACUGCACCUUGGAGCUGCUCUGCAGUGCGUGUCAAGGCCACUUUCAAAGCUCAUUGGUGGGCUCGUCAUGUGGUCGGCGCGCACGCUGACUCGAGGCGCAGAUAUGUCAGCUUCCAUAGGACGACCAAAAUGUCUUUCCCCGGCAACUCAGCUGCGGCAAACCCCUUCCUAAUGGACGCUUUCGCUUACGCGCCGUCCGACUACGCGAUGCAAACUUGUGGGUUGGUGCCACCUUUGGCUAAAAAAGGCGAGCACGGCCACCACGGCGCGGCCAUGAGCGUCCCCUCGUACUUCGCCCAUCACCAAUGGGGCGAACCGGGCAGGGCGUGGAGACUGGCGGAGGCGCCCGUCAGUCCCAACUCUACGUACGUACAGAGCAUCAAGGAGGAGGGCAACUGCUGCAUGUUCACCGAGAAACGCCUGCAAGCAGUCAGCCAGCAGGCAGACGGCCAUCUCCACGCGUACUCGCCCCUUGCGGCCGAACCGAACCGAGCCGACGCCCCCGAGGUUCCAGUUCCGGGCUAUUUCAGACUAAGCCAAACGUACGCCAACGGGAGGCAGGAGUGCCGCCAGCACCCCAGCCCGACGUUGAUGCAGCUGGAGCGCAUCGGCCCGCAACCGCAGCCCGCACAAAAGGAUGCCCCACCGCGCAGCCCCGGGGUCGCGGGGAGCCCCGCGGAGCGCUACACAUCCAGUGUGGAGGAGGAAGAAGAAGACGAAGAUGAGGAGGACGAGGAGGAAGAAGAGAAGAGACAGUCGAGUCCCGAGGUGCUGGUGCCACGGGAUGGCAAAGAGCACAAGCCCAACCCCCAAAGCGGCAGCUGGUUAACGGCCAAGAGCGGCCGCAAGAAGCGCUGUCCCUACACCAAGCACCAGACCUUGGAGCUGGAGAAGGAGUUCCUUUUCAACAUGUAUUUGAGCCGGGAGCGCCGCCUGGAGAUCAGCAGGAGUGUCAACCUGAGCGACAGGCAAGUCAAGAUCUGGUUCCAGAACCGUAGGAUGAAGCUCAAGAAGAUGAAUCGGGAAGGUCGAGUGCGAGAACUGAACUGCAAUCUCACUUUCUCCUGAAGUAUCAUGUGGAUUCCCUCCAGUUGUAUCGAUGCAGCCAUCAUGUUAGCAUUACACAGCUUCCAAAUCUAAAUAAUUGUUCUGAUAUGCCCACUAUGGCCACCAGGGGUCAGCGUUAUAAAACAGACACAAACAAAAAAUGGAUUUCCUCUACUUCCACUGAGUAAGUCUGCCUUAUAAUUAGACAUUUUUCGUAGAGAAUAAAAAAAUACAUGCCUGUGAGUAUUAGUAUAUUAUCUGUCUAUGUGUGUUGUGCCACCUUUUGUGUUCAAAUAUCCAUUUCUUCAAGGGUUGUAAGAUUGUGACUAUUGAUGCUAACUGUUAGCAUUUCUGUGGGGUUUUCUACUUAUGUUAAUGAGUUGAGGGUGUUUGUAACGCAACAGUGCUUGCUUAUUUGAAAUUCAGAAGGAAUUCUCUUAGUUUUAUGUUUAGUUUGACACUAAACACCAACUGAGCGUGGCAAAUAAACUUUUGGGAUGAGAAGUUUGAUAUUUGUCAAAGUGCUGCAUUUGUGAACUGAGUUGAUUGACUGAACUGUCGCAUCGCUUCUAUGUGCAAAAAAAAAGUCAAGUCACUUGUAUCUCGAGAGAUCAUAUUCGCUUUCUGUUUAUUGUGGUAUUGGACAUUUUUUGGUGUUGUCAAACUUUUUGAAUCUUAAAUUAUUGGAUACUCACUGUCACUUUAUUAGGCACCCCCCCCCCCCCCCCCCCCGCAAUCUAAGUCUUUCACAACUUGUAUAUCCAUCCAGCCAAGGUAUAUCCAUAUUUUACAGUAAAAAAAAAAAGUCUCACACAAAAAUAACACCAAAAGAGGAUACGCGGGUUUUUAUCUGCCAUCUAGUGGAAGAGAAUUCAAUUACUCUGCGUGUCAGUAUACAUCACUGGCAUAGAUAGAUGUAGUUUUUUUUUAGGGGGGGGGGGCAAAAUAUGGUUGUUACUGAAGUGGUGUCCCAUCACACUGCAGCAUACUAAGAGUUGUUCAUAAUAGAGGCUAAAUAAACAUACCAAACAUGAUGCCACAAAAAGAAACUCCAUAUUAAUAAUAACCUUCUGAAAGGGAUUUUGGGGGAGUACCUAAUAAAGUGGCCUGGUUUUGGUCUAUUUGAGCUAUCAGUAAUGUCGUCCACCAUGUGUUAGCUUGUGAAACAUUAGCUCACCAGAAACGUGUUCCACACUAGCCUGUGAAUGGGCUCCAAAACAAGAUUCACGUGUGUUUAUGAUAUGUUGCAUGUGUGUGGCAUGUACAGUCUCUUGCAAUAAAAUGAUCAACAGUG